UUAUUAUUAUUAUUGUCACCAUUAUUGUUAUCAUGCACACAAUUUCAUAGCAAUGGUUACAUGUCAAUCCAUAUAAGAAACAUCAAAAAAAUAACAACAUCGAGAACAUUAUGUGAAUAUGACAAAUAUAUAUCUAAUUAUGAUAAUGAUCCUGAGAUGAAAGAAGUAAUGGAAAAAUAUUAUGAACGAUUAGCAAUAAGAUGGAAAGAAUAUGAUGAAUUAAAGAAAGAAAAAGAAAGAAAAUAUAAAGAACAAUACGAUAAAGAUAUAAAAGAAAUUAUUUUAAAAGACAAAAUAGAAAAACAACUAACAAAACAAUUAUCAGCAUUAGACAAAUUUACUGAUAUAGACGAUUUAGCUAAAGGUAUAUACGAAAAAAAGGUAGAAACAAAAAAUAAAAAAGAUUAUAAAAAAUCCAAGAAAACAUUAGGUCAUACCUUAACAGAAUGGAACAUUUUAGCUAAUAUUGAUAUGUAUGAAUGGAUACCUUUUUCAUCUAAGGAAGCAAAAAUUAAUUGUAAUAUAAAAAAUAUGAAACAUGCUCUUACUAAAGUUGGUUAUAUAGAUCCUAAUAAAUUUGCUUCUCUUGGUAAUAAGGAUGGAAAAGAUUCUAUUGACAUGGAUCAGUUAUUUAGUUCUAUUAUGAGUUCUUCUAAUGCGUUCAUUCAAAGAUAUAUGGGUGAUGAUAUUACAUCUAAUGGUAGUAGUUUUAAAAAUAGUAGUUUUUCAUCAAUUUUUCUUUACGCUUUAUGGGAAUUUGUUGAGCAUAUUGUAGCUCCUGUUAUUGCUUCACUUUUUUUCGGAAGUAGUGGUUCUGAAGGUGAAAAUAAAAAAUGUAAUUGUGCUGCUACGUGUGAAACUGCGUGUACGGCAGAGUGUGUAUGUAAAUGUGCUGCUAAGUGUGCUAAAGGAUGUUCAUGUAAGUGUGUUGCUGCGUGCGCAUGUGAAUGUACGCAUGAAACUAGUUUUGAGGGUGUGAUGCACGCUAUAACGGAACAAGGUAAAGUUUUUUGCGAAGCUUUAUUUGCAUUAUAUAUUAUAGCUUCAAUAAUGUUAAUUCUUUAUUAUGUUUUAAAAUAUUAUAGGGAAUUAAAAAUGGGGAAAAAAGAGAAAUAUAUGAAAAUAUUACAAGAAUAG